GUUGGACGGCAGUGCGUGACACAGCUAAAUAGAGGAGCGAGGAGCUUGACAAACAAGGCUGCGGACGUCAAACUCUGCCGCUGAACCACGAACUGGAACACUCGAAAACAUAUAGAGUUACUCAGAUUAUCUGAAAGAAAUACGGUGUUUUUAUUUUUGUGAGACCAAAGACCGAGAGGAAAGCCGCUUCCGAAUAAACACCUGUCACUUGCCCCAGAAGACCUUCAAAAAUGGAGUUUCCAGAUUUGGGAGAGCACUGUUCUGAGAAGACCUGUAAACGUUUGGAUUUUCUUCCAAUGAGAUGUGACGCCUGUCAGGAGAUUUUCUGCAAGGAUCACAUUACCUAUGCAAAUCACAAAUGCACAUCAUCCUACAGAAAGGAUGUCCAGGUACCCGUUUGCCCGCUGUGUAAUACCCCCAUUCCCAUCAAAAGAGGAGAGAUGCCUGACAUUAAAGUCGGCGAACACAUCGACCGGGACUGCAAAUCGGACCCUGCGCAAAGAAAGAGAAAGAUAUUCACUAAUAAAUGUUCUAAAGGGGGCUGUAAACAAAAGGAAAUGAUACGCGUCACCUGCGACCAGUGUCAUUUAAAUUACUGUCUCAAGCACCGACACCCACUAGACCACGAUUGUAAAACGGAUGGGAAGUCUCUUUCCAAAUCUGGACAUGCUGCUGUAAUGAGGUCCCAAGGUGCCUCCUCCUCUUCUGCCUCUAGUUCUCGUUCAUCUGCUUCAGGAAACCCUAGACCCGUUUCUAAUGGUGUGACUGUAAACAACAGAGCUCACAGCUCGGGCUCUCUCCCGCGGAUUCCUACCUCCGUUUCAGCACAGAAUGUAAUACCCGCUUCUGCGUCAUUUCAGGCCAGCUUGACGGAGGAGCAGGCUUUGCAAAGAGCGCUGGAGAUGUCUUUGGCUGAUUCGAGGCCGGCUGUUCAGCCGACCCUCAGCCCUCAGGAGCAGGAGGAUCUGGCUCUCGCUCAGGCUCUCGCUGCCAGCGAAGAAGAAUACAGACGCCAACAACAGAGACAACAGGUACCGGGAAAGCUUAGGCACCAGUAAAAUGCUUACAGGAACGCAUGGAAGGGAGACCAAACAAUCCACCUGCUGCCUUUCUUAGAGUCGGAGCGGCAUUUACACUUCAAGCUGAGCAAAUUGUUUUGCUAGGAAAUGUACUUCUUAGAUGUCAAAACCCCGAAUCAGCGAUUGUUUCAUGAAGAAUUACUCUCGAAAUUUGCUGCAAUCUUGCCGCCUUCCACAUAUAAGCACAUGUACUUUUUCAUCGGGUCAUUUUUAUCAAUUAGUUGUCCUUGUAAAUAUUUUGUAUGCUAAUCAUGAUGAAUCUAUUAUAUUGCCUCAUAUAGAUACUGAAUAAAUUAAUGGUGCACUUAAA